AUGCAAGCUCUUAACAAUACACAAAUGCAAGAUCCAAGCACCAGUGAGCAUGCGCCAGUGAAUCUACAUAUUCAACAAACCCUUCAACAAUGUGGUUCACCUUGGCUGUCUUUUGACAGCAAUGAGCUACUCAUUGACGCAGAGGAUGGCCUUGACAAUGCGCUGGCAGAGGGUAUUGACUUGGAACUUGAGCUUGUAAAUUUUGAACAGGAGUUGGCUGAGCUGGAAGAACCAAGCAAAUUGGAUGAGCUCAAACUUACAGAUAUAAGUAUGGAUUUAGAUAUCAAGUCUCCUGGCAGCAAUCUUAGCGGAAUUUACCAACUUGAAGACAAAUCAAUUAUGGCAAACAAUCACACAUUGUUAGAUGCAAUCUUACCAAGCUGGGACAAGUCAAGUAAAGCACCAAUAGAUACGUUUGUCAAAAGCAAUGCAGACACGGAUAUUUUGAUGGGUAUGUUGGUGAUGGGAAUAGCUGAGGAGGUGUUACACAUGCGUGGGCUGUAUGGUCAGAUUCCUACAUCUCAGGACUGGUUUUCUGUUUCAAUGCAGUGGAAAGGUGAUCAAUUCCAAAAAAUAUAUUGGCAAAGGGGACUUACAUGGUGGGAGCCUGUUGUGUUUGUGGUUGGAUAUAGUCAACCUGCAAAGCUUGUGUUCUAUCCUGCAAUGGCCGUCAAAGAAUUUGUAUAA